AUGGCUUCAGGAUACGACAGAGCUCUUUCAGGUAGUCCCGAUGGACAUGUCUUUCAAGUAGAGUAUGCCUUGGAGGCCGUGAAGAGAGGGACUUGCGCCGUUGGAGUGAAAGGCGAGGGCAUCGUAGUUCUUGGUUGCGAGAAACGUUCGGCAAUGAAGCUACAAGACACACGAAUUACUCCUUCGAAAAUUGGGUUGAUCGACAACCACGUUUGCCUUGCCUUCGCGGGUCUAAAUGCCGAUGCUAGAAUAUUGGUUGAUAAAGCUAGAGUGGAAGCUCAAUCACACCGACUUACAGUCGAAGACCCGGUGACGAUCGAGUACAUUACCAAAUAUGUUGCUGGUGUUCAACAGCGGUACACACAGAGCGGUGGUGUUCGUCCAUUUGGAAUCAGUACACUGAUUGUUGGCUUCGAUAACGGCGACAAGACCCCACGUCUCUACCAGACAGAACCUUCUGGCAUCUACUCCGCAUGGAAAGCCAAUGCCAUCGGCCGAUCAAGCAAGACUGUUAGGGAAUUCCUCGAGAGAAAUCACAAGGACGGCAUGGACCGGGAGGCCACUAUUCAACUCACCAUCAAAUCACUGCUGGAGGUUGUGCAGACGGGAGCCAAGAAUAUCGAAAUUGCUAUCAUGGCUCCUGGGCAGCCUAUGGAGCUUCUCCCUAGUGACGAGAUUGAGGCCCAUGUGAAGAGCAUAGAAGCAGAGAAGCAGGAGGAAGCUGCCAAGAAGAAGACUGGCAGAACCCCGGGGACUGGAACUACAACUUUACUGCCUAGACAGACUGGCGAAGGCUCGUCUAGCUAA